GCCUUUCCCCAAAAACAGUAGAACAGAGCAGACUGCUUUGUAGUUUUGUUCUUACGCGAGAGAGAGAGAGAGAGAGGAGAAGAAGAAGAAGAAGAAGAAGAAGAAGAGGGAAUGGAGGGAGAAGAAGACAGCGCAGUGAAAGAGCCUUUGGAUUUGAUCAGACUCAGCCUCGACGAGCGCAUUUACGUCAAGCUCCGUUCCGAUCGUGAACUCCGCGGCAAACUCCAUGCUUAUGAUCAGCACUUGAAUAUGAUUCUUGGGGACGUUGAAGAAAUUGUUACAACUGUGGAGAUUGAUGAUGAAACUUAUGAGGAGAUUGUUCGGGCUACAAGACGCACGGUCCCUUUUCUCUUUGUUAGGGGCGAUGGUGUGAUACUGGUUUCUCCUCCAUUGAGAACAGCUUGACAUCUGGACAACCUGUUUGGAAUCCAAGAGUCCCAAGAGGAAACUCGUCCGCUUUCACAUUUGUUGCCAUGCUUUUAUCAUCAAUUCAGUCUUCUGUCUACGUUUACUUCAACCUGUUUUAGAUUCUGAGGUUGAAAUGAAAACAAAAUGACUGUAGCAUUUGGGUUACUACACUUGUUGAAUGGUUAAUGUGUAUUCUAUCAUACUUUUCAAUGUUAUGUAUCUAGAUGGUUAAUAUCGUCCCACCCUAAAAUAUCAUGACUUCUAACUC